UAAAUACUCCAACAUUUCGAAGCUCACACUCGCAAGUCCUACAUCCUUCACUCACCUGCUCAUCAUCAGCAGAUCACCAAAAUGGCGAAAGGAGUGAAGAGAAACACGAAACAGGAAGCCAUUGAUUCAUCCACACAUUCUUCCGAUACAAAACCAUCGCCUCCGUUAAAGAAAUGCAAAACAUCUCCGUCGGUUGCUGUUUCGGCCGAUGAAGAGGCUCGGUUCGUUGGAAAACCGGUUCCUGCUGAGCAAGCGAGGGUGAAAUGGCCGCAUCGAUAUGAAUCGAAGAAUAAAGUGAAGGUUAUUUCGUCAUCUGAUGAUGAGGAAAAGGAGAUUUUUCAAGCUAAGUGCCAUUAUACCAAAGCUACUGUUGAUGGUAUUUCUUUUGAUCUUUAUGAUGAUGCGUAUGUCAAGGCUGAAGAAGGGAAGCCAGAUUACAUUGCUCGGAUCGUGGAGAUGUUUGAAACCGUUGAUAAAGAGUUAUAUUUCUCCGCUCAGUGGUUUUUCAGAGCUGAAGAUACGGUUAUUAAAAGCCAAGCCCACCUUAUCGACAAAAGACGAGUGUUCUAUUCCGAAAUGAAAGAUGACAAUCCGCUGGAUAGUAUUGUGUCGAAAAUCAAGAUUGUUCAACUUCCUCCAAAUGUUGACUUGGUUGAGAAAGAAAAGGCACUCAAAUCGUAUGAUUAUUACUAUGAUAUGCAGUAUUCAAAGCCGGUUACAUUUACAACUCUACACAAAGAAAACUUAACCACAGAGAGUGGCGAGUCAUCCGUAGUUUCAGAUGAUGCGUGCUCAAACGGUGUAGUAGAGAGUAACAAUAAAAAUGCAAAACCAACAAAAAUCAACGACAGUGAAAAGUCUGAAAUGACCCUAUUGGACUUGUAUUCGGGUUGCGGUGCCAUGUCAACCGGGCUUUGUUAUGGCACAAAUAUGGCUGGUGUAAAACUUGUGACAAAAUGGGCAGUUGACAUCAAUGAACAUGCAUGUGAAAGUCUGAAGCUGAACCAUGCUGAAACUCAGGUGAGAAAUGAAGCAGCUGAUGACUUUUUAUCGUUGCUGAAAGAAUGGGAGAAACUUUGUAAACAGUUUGGUUUGUUGGGUUCAAAACGUGACGAAGAUACAAAUGUAAAAUCUGAAGAAUCAGAUUCUGAGGAGAUUGAUGAGAGUCGUGAUCCGUAUAAAGGUGAAUUUGAAGUACAAAGAUUGACGGCUGUUUGUUAUGGUGAUCCAAACAAAGCCAACAAACAAAAGCUGCAUUUUAAGGUGCGAUGGAAGGGCUUUGGUCCUAGUUACGACACAUGGGAGCCAAUUGAUGGUUUGAGUAAUUGCGAGGAGUCUAUAAAGGAUUUUGUUAUCAAAGGAUACAAAUCAAGAAUGCUACCACUUCCUGGUGAUGUUGACUUCAUAUGUGGAGGUCCUCCAUGUCAAGGAAUCAGUGGUCAUAAUCGGUUUAGAAACUAUACUGAUCCUUUAAAGGAUCCAAAGAAUCACCAGCUUGUAGUCUACAUGGAUAUUAUUGAUUUUUUGAAACCAAAAUUUGUUUUGAUGGAGAAUGUUUGUGAUCUUGUCAAAUUUGCGGAUGGUAUUUUGGGAUAUCAUGCCGUUGGGCGUUUAGUUUCGAUGAAUUAUCAAACACGUAUGGGGAUAAUGGCAGCUGGAUCUUAUGGAGUUCCUCAAUGCAGACUAAGGGUCUUUCUUUGGGGUGCUAAUACGAUGAUGAAUUUGCCUCAGUUUCCAUUACCGACACACGAGGUUAUUGGAAGAGGAGUUGUUCCUGUUGAGUUCAAGGACUGUAUUGUCGGGUCUGAUAAUGAUAACUCAUACAAGUUAGAGAAGAGCAUACGUCUUGGUGAUGCAAUUUCAGACUUGCCUGAGGUUACAAACAACAAAGGUAAGGAUGAAAUGGAGUAUGCAGGUGCCCCACAAACAAGUUUUCAGAAAUACAUUAGAUUGAGAAAGCAAGCUUUGGGGAAAGAUUCUUCGAAAAGAAUGAUGCUUUACGAUCAUAGGCCAUUGGAACUAAACGAAGAUGAUUAUGCUCGGGUUUGCCAUAUUCCAAAGAUAAAGGGAGCAAACUUUCGGGAUUUACCAGGAGUAAGAGUUGGUAAAGGGAACAAAGUAGAAUUGGACCCUGACGUUGAACGGGUCUUGUUACCUUCAGGAAAACCUUUGGUCCCAAAUUAUGCUAUAACAUUUGUUCGUGGAACUUCAAAAAAACCCUUUGGUCGCUUGGGUAUGGAUGAUAUUGUCACAACUGUAGUUGGUAGAGCUGAGCCACAUAAUCAGGCGCUGCUUCAUCCUAACCAGGAUAGAGUGUUGACCAUUCGUGAAAAUGCACGUUUACAAGGAUUUCCUGAUCAUUAUAAACUUUGUGGACCUGUUAAAGCAAGGUACAUGCAAAUUGGAAAUGCAGUUUCAUUCUCGGUAUCAACUGGAUUGGGGUACAGCUUAGCCAAAGCAAUUCAAGGAGUUUGCACCAGUAAACCAAUCAAACUCCCACAUAAGUUUCCAGAUUGUCUUGGACAACUAUCUUCACUAUAAACAAGACAUUCAAGAGACAAUGAUGACAAAACUGGUUUAGUCUUUAAUGAAAGAUUGAGGUUAAUUUAUGCAUUUAACUUGCUUAUUUCGGCAUCAAUUAAUUGUAUGAUUUUCAUCAUAUUAGAGUGUAAUUCAACAUUGAUUCUUAGUAAGUUUUGUUGAUAUGGGCAACUAUGCUUAUAUUUUUUUUA